CUCUUGACUUUCUACUAUCGCCUUCUCUGCUCCAACUCAUAUACUGAUCUCCUAUAUACAUGCAAUUCAACUUCACCAAUUUCGCAAACUCAUAAAUCAAACUAAAGUUUAGAACACACAACAAAACAAAACAUAAAAUGGAGAAUUUCCUUGUGAAAUUGCAUGUAAUUUCAUUUAUGUUUUCAAUAUAUAGUCUCCCACUCACUUUAGCUCUUCAACUUGGUUUCUACAGUUCAUCAUGCCCAAAUGCAGAAAACAUAGUUCGACAAAUUGUUCAGCAGCGGUUCAACGGUGAUAGAUCUGUCCCAGCAGCCUUGCUGCGAAUGCAUUUUCACGAUUGCUUUGUUAGGGGUUGUGAUGCAUCCAUUCUAAUCGACUCAACAAACAACAACCAAACAGAGAAAGUUGCAGGUGCAAAUGGAACUGUAAGAGAAUACACACUAAUCGACCAAAUCAAGGCUGCUCUAGAACAAUCAUGCCGUCAAACAGUUUCUUGUGCAGAUAUCAUAACACUCGCUACUCGAGAUGCGGUUGCCCUAGCUGGAGGCCCUAGAUACAAUGUUCCCACAGGUAGGCUUGACGGGCUCAUUUCUCGGGCUAGUGAAGUUAACCUUCCUGGCCCGAGUUCGACCGUUUCGCAAGUCCAACAAUCAUUUGGUGCCCGUGGAUUGAGCCUCAAUGAUAUGGUGGUCUUAUUGGGUGCACAUACUAUUGGAGUUUCCCAUUGCAAUUUCUUCCAAGACAGGUUAUCAAACUUUCAAGGAUCAGGGGCUCCGGAUCCUACCAUGGAUCGUGCUCUGGCAAACCGACUUAGUGGACUUUGUGGAGCGAAUCCAAACGCAAAUCCUAGUACUUUCUUGGAUCAAAACACGUCUUUUGUGUUUGAUAAUGAGUUCUACAAUCAAAUUAGAAAGAACCGAGGAAUAUUGAAAAUUGACCAAGAGCUUGCGCUUGAUACUUUAAGUGCGAGAUUCGUCUCGAGCCUUGCCGGUAAUAACAACCUUUUUAGGCAAAGCUUUGUAAAUGCGAUGAUUAAAUUGGGGAAUAUUCAAGGUAAUGGUGGAGAAAUUAGGAGAAAUUGUAGGAGGAGAAAUUAAAAACAAAAUAGGGGGGUUGUUUAAUUUGAUCAAAGAAGAAUAACGUGUCCCUUGUUUUAAUUUUCUUUUUGUCCAUCUAGUAGUUAAUCAUGGUCGUCCAUGCUUGUUUUUUUCUUAUGUUAAUUCAUUUUAUGUACGUACUUUGUAUCAAUGGUAUGUAUGUUGAAAACUUUCUU